GGAGAGGCAGCAGGGGCUGUGCUGGGAGUUUUUAAAAUACUCAGUUUUAAUCCCCUCUUUAGGGUAUAUGUGACAGAUUUGUCUCUACCCACCCUUUAACUCCUGCCUCCUCCCCCAGUCCCUCCCAGGCACACCCCCCCCCCCCGGGAUGGCUAAAGGAGUUGUGUGUGCAUGCCUAGGUGUCACUUAGUUGUACAGGUCUCCUGGAGGCAGAAAGUGGCUUUGGGAGCUGGGACUGUGCCCCCAAUCCUGCCCACUUGUCACCCUGCCACCCCCAGUAUUCUCCAGCACCCAACAGGAGUAUGCCUGGGUGGGCCCAUGGAUUGGUAAUUUUUGGGCAGAUCUUCAGAAUGCAGAGAUGGAUGAUUAUGCACCCAGAGGGAAGAGGACGCACAGGAUCCCCCGCUGACUUGAGACGGAGAGCAGAUUAUCGUGGAAUUUAAACCAUAAAAUAAGAAUUACAGAGCUAUGAGUAGUUCUUUGUUGGCAACCCUCCUCUCAGAUCAUAGCAGCAGCUUCAGAGAAGAUGCCCCACGUCCCCCAGUGCCAGGGGAAGAAGGGCAGACGACAUGCCAACUUCCCAUGAGAAGCCAAAGAUCAAAGUCAGUGCCCGUCUCAUCCAACCCUAGGAGAGAUGAAGACGGCAUGGGUGAACCUGAAGGCAGCGCCUCACCAGAUUCCCCUCUCACACGAUGGACCAAGUCGCUGCAUUCUCUGCUGGGUGACAAGGAAGGAGCCGACCUAUUUAGGAUUUUUUUGGAAAGGGAGAAAUGCGUGGACACACUAGAUUUCUGGUUUGCCUGUAAUGGAUUUAGGCAGAUGGACCUUAAGGAUGCUAAGACUCUGAGAGUGGCCAAAGCUAUUUACAAAAGGUAUAUUGAGAGCUGCAGCAUCAUCUCCAAACAACUCAAGCCCCUGACCAAAAGCUUCCUAAAAGAUUUCAUCAAAAAGCAGCUCAUCAACUCCACCAUGUUCGACCAAGCACAAUCCGAGAUCCAUGCAGUCAUGGAGGACAAUGCCUACCAGGUGUUUCUGACAUCGAACAUAUACCUGGAGUGUGUGCAAAGUGGUGGGGAGAAUGCUGCUUAUUUCAGCAACGUCAGGGAGUCAGGGAUUUUGAAAGUCGUCAGUGGAUACCUACCGACUGUGAAUGAAGAAGAGGAGUGGAGUUGUGUGGACUUGAAGCAGAAGACCUUGCCCUCUGUGGUGGGUCUCUCUAGCAAAGCCCUAAGGGCUACCAUCAGUCUGAGAUCCAAGGAGUCAGUGGAGAAUGGCUACAGGUCCUAUAAGAGGAACAACCUCAUCAACCCUUAUCAUGUUAUCUCUGGGCAUGUUUUUGCCCCAGCCACCAGUGCCAAUGAAAGUGAGAUCUCCAGCGAUGCUCUGACUGACGAUUCAAUGUCUGUGACAGACAGCAGCCUAGAUGGGGUCCAGCCCUACAGGAUGGGAAGCAAGAAGCAACUGCAGAGGGAAAUGGCUCGGAGUGUCAAAGCCAAUGGACUGGUCUCGCUGCCUCCUUUUCAUAGAACACACCGGCUGCCCAGAGAGAUGACGCCUGUGGAACCAGCGGAGUUUGCGGCUGAGCUUAUCGUUCGGCUGGAGAAAGUGAAGGAGAAGCAGGAGGAGAAGGACAGCGUGGAAGAGCAGAACAUCACAGAGGAGGAGGAGGAGGAGGAGGAAGACUACAAGACUCCUAAGUGCAUUCAACCUAUGGUCCCCGCACACCAGCCUCUGCCCUCACUGUCAUUGAGUUUAAGUAACGAAGACGCUCAAGCCAUUCUCGAUGACCACUUGUCCAGGGUUUUGAAGACUCCGGGAUGCCAGUCUCCAGGGAUGGACAGACACAGUCUAUGCCCCCAUUCUCCAGACCGACCCUGCCCUUUAUGGCCCACCCUGCAGCCAGUAUCACCCUGUGCUCUUCUUGCCAAGGGCUUUGUCACAAAGCAAACCACAAAGCAUGUGCACCACCACUACAUCCACCACCACACGGCACCCAAGUCCAAGGCAGAGAUUGAGGCUGAAGCUGCGCGGAGAGUACAGUGUAUCUGCAGCAGCUCCUCCCAGUACUGCUGCUACCUGCCAACUAAAACUCAUUCCAAGAGCCUCGACUACUCCCUGCUACCUCUAGAGCAUGCUGGUGCUCGCUGUGGCUCCAUAUCCAGGAAGUGCUGCAAAAUGACUGACUGUCCUGGUGACGGCCCUGUAGAUGGUGCCACACUUAUAUACCAAUUGCCGGGUGAAGAAUUUACAGCAAACAACUGGCAGCAGGUUGUAGGGUGUGAAAAAGAAAGACAAAGCAGACACAAAGCUCACAGUCUGCAGCACAUCAAGAAAACCCCUUCUAGCGAACCUCAUUCCUCAUCUGCAGAGCAUACCAUCCGCCAUCAUACUUGCAACGGUCACCCACGAAACCUACAGCCUUCCCAGCUUUCUCCCCAGGAACAGGCAGUACCCCCUGUGCCCCCUCCCAGUACACUGGCCCAGCUUGAGGAGGCCUGCCGCAGACUUAAUGAAGUGUCCAAGCCGCAAAAACAGAGAUGUUCUGUUACUGGGCAGCAGAGAAUCCACCCUGUCAACAGCCAGUUGGCACCUUCACCCAAUACCACUGCCGCCCCAGUGUCUGACGAACACAAGGAGCCAAAGAGGCUGCAGGCUCCCCAUUCUCCCACUGAGCUCAUGGUCACUUAUUUCUUUUGCGAAGAUAAAAUCCCAUAUCGGUGGACGCUGAAAUCCCGCAACCUAACCUUGGGGCACUUCAAGGAGCAGCUGAGCAAGAAAGGAAACUAUAGGUAUUACUUUAAGAAGACCAGCCAGGAAUUUGAGUGCGGGGCAGUGUUCGAGGAAAUCUGGGAAGAUGACGCCAUGUUGCCCACCUGCGAAGGGCGAGUACUUGGAAAAGUGGAGCGAUUUGACUGAGCCUCUGUGCAUUUCCAUGCAAUAUACAUUCCAAGUUCGACCUGGAUAGGGACUCUGUCAACUUGGCACAUUAAACACUCUAUGCACUUAUUUACACCGCCAUUUGCACGGCUGGUAUCGAAUGUGCCCUCCAGGGCCCUGGAAUCCACCAUGAAGAUACUAUGAGCUUCCAUGAGGUGAGAGUUUUGUGGGCUGGAGUCACUGCAGAAUGUGCGCACGACCCCCAGCUCCUAUGCAGUAAACAUGUCGGUCAGAGAGAACUUGCCUUUUGUUAUUUUCCUAUUUAUUGAACAUUUCGGCCGCUGUUUGGCCUUUGCUGCUGCAUUCGCGAUAAUUGAAAUUUGUAAAAACAAAAGGCUCAAUCGCAUUUUAUUGUGCCAUUCUUCAAUUAUUUUCGGGGGCCAAACCUCAUUAUCACGUGAUUACAUAAGGACCACCCCUUUUAUGACAUCACAAGGGACCAUGCAAAUAAGCAGACUUCAAAACACGAGUCCCCAUUUAGAAGAAAAAAGUUCAAACAAUAAAAUGUAAAUGUUCAUCCAGCUGAGUGUUAGUUCACACAUCCAGACUAGUGGUUACAUGCAAGUGUCCAUGCAGUACAAAAUAGUUGCAACAAGAUACUGCUCAGAACGAGCCUAUCCAGGGUCCCAAGUCAUGAUGUGUACCUUAAACUACAGCAUUUAAUACAUAUCUACAGCUCCUGUAACAUUACUUACAUAUAGUUGCAGUGACACAGUUACAUAUAGUGUCGUGGAACACUUCAGUUAUUCCAUAGGAAAGACAAAACACUGCCAAUACCAAAGGUAAUGCAUUUUAUAAUGGUUCAAUGCUCCACGCUUCAUCAAUACCAUUGGGAUAUAGGAUAUAAUAUAGGCUAUAUCUAAAGGCUUAAACCAGAGGGCUUGUCUUUUUUUCACUGCUGUCUAUUACCACCUCCAGCACCUGCACAACUACAUCCUCCAUAUUUUAUGCUGCUUCUACAAUCCCUGCCCAUUACUCCAAGAGCACUUGCUACAAUGGUGGUUGUUGCCCUUUAAUUUAUUUGCAUAUUUGGGGGCCUUUAUAACAUGCCUGAUAAAAGCUGCCGACUCAUAAUUGGCUAUAACUCAAUAAACUGCCAACUUGGUCUGAAUGGGCGGAGUCGCUGCUUUUAUUUACCUGUGUAUGUUGGUCACCUGAUCGCUGAAAUCCGGCAGCCGUCUUGAUUUUCAACUAAAAGCUACAAUAAUCCCUGAGAAACAGUAUGUAAUAAAUCAGAAACAAGGUUUACUCUGACAUCAUUAUACCGUCUCCUUUAUGGCUUGCUUCCCUCAGCUUACUGUGAACUGCAGCUCCCAGUAUUCUUAGCUGAAGAUACAGGGAAUUGUAAUUUGCAGCUGCCUAUGGGCGUGGGCUAUUGAUUUAUCAGCUUAGAAAUAAUAUUCUGUUAUUAUUCUAUUGUAUAUUGUAUGUAACAUUCCUUGUACAGUAUAUCUGUAAAAAGUGUAAUAUAUGUAUCUGAUAUUCUAAUGACACGGCUUAGUGUUAAAUGAAUGAAAUCCUUGUGCCUCUAUGGUGAGAAUUCACUGUAUGUCACCCUGUGUAGGGUCUAAAGCUUCCCUUGAUUUAAGGGGUUAAUGGAUCUUUUCUGCCUUUAAUGUUUCGUACUUCUGACUCGAUCGGCCUCUUGUCCAAGUUAUACUGUAAAUGAUGCAUUAUAUACAGAGUUACCCUAUAAAGAACAGAUCACAUGGUACAGUAAUUAUUGUAAUUAAGAGAUGUAGCAUUUAUUAAAAGGUUUAUAUUUUUCAAAUUAA